UUUUAUUAUCCACGAACACUGAUCAUGAGCAAUUAUUUUAGUUUUAUAUAUAGAGAAUAAUUAAGUAUGAAAGAUUUUAUUUUAAUUAUGAAUAUCUCGCAGUGAGGUCAUUUGUGUGCGUCCGAAGAAAUUGAGAAAAAGUUAGAUUUGAGUGACAGCGCAGCCGCACAAAAAAUGAAUUAAUUUGGUUUAAUUUACCCACUUCAUAAAAGUCAGCCUCGGGGGUGUUUGUUUUGGAGUGCAAAUUGAUAUUCACAGGGUUUAAACGCUGUUGAUAUGUUUUUGACUAGGUUAUAGCUGCUGUAUUUUGAUUUGACCAAGUGGUUUGGACAGAGUACUGCUGCUAAUCGCUUUCUUACAGUGACUUUUUCAUGAGUCACAGAAGCCACUGUUCUAUUUUUUAGCCAGUGGCAGGACUAUUUCUAGAUAAAAGUUACGUACUGAGGCAUGUCGUCCAACAAAAAAAACCCAAACGACUCCUCCAACCCCGUCUGGGAUUGCAAGAUCAAACAAGCUCUUAAAAACGUCUUCGGAUUCGACUCAUUUCGGACUCCCCUGCAAGAAAACGCCACUAGAGCGGUGGUACAAGGUGAAAAGGAUGUGUUUGUGUGCAUGCCCACUGGCGCUGGGAAAUCACUCUGUUACCAGCUGCCUGCUGUCCUGGCUAAGGGAGUCACCAUCGUUGUGUCCCCACUCAUUGCACUUAUUCAGGACCAGGUGGAUCACCUCCUUGCUAUGAAGGUGAAGGCCUGCUCUCUGAACUCCACGCUUCAAGCACAGGAGCGGCGGAAGAUUGAGGCAGACCUACAGAGUGAGAGCCCCUGUAUCAAGCUGCUCUACAUCACCCCAGAGAUGGCAGCGUCCCAUUCCUUUCAGCCCUUGCUGUCCUUGCUGUUGUUCCGUGGGCUGCUGUCCUACCUCAUUGUGGAUGAGGCGCACUGCGUCUCCCAGUGGGGACACGACUUCCGGCCUGACUACCUGAAGCUGGGCUUUCUGCGUGACCGUAUUCCAGGAACCCCCUGUGUGGCACUGACCGCCACGGCCACAAAGAAGGUCCAGGACGACAUUGCACACUCCUUGCACCUGCGCCAGCCCCUUGCCAACUUCAAAACACCUUGCUUCAGGACAAACCUCUUCUACGAUGUGAUCUUCAGGAAUCUGCUGCCCGACCCCUACUCAGACCUCAAGGACUUCUGUCAGCAAGCGCUAGGAGAAAAGAACACAGAUGGGGGAUUCUCUGGUUGUGGGAUCAUUUACUGUCGGACCAGAGACAGCUGUGGAGAGGUGGCAAAUAAGCUGACCCAAAGAGGGAUCUUGUCCAAGGCUUACCAUGCAGGCCUGAAGGCAGGUGACCGGGCAACGGUGCAGAACGAGUGGAUGGAGGGCAAGGUGCCGGUCAUUGUGGCCACCAUCAGCUUUGGAAUGGGGGUGGACAAGGCCAACGUCAGGUUUGUGGCUCAUUGGAACAUUGCCAAGUCCAUGGCAGGGUAUUACCAGGAGUCCGGGCGAGCAGGCAGAGAUGAAGCGCCCUCUUGCUGCAGGCUGUACUACUCCAGGACAGACCAGGACCAGCUCAGGUUCCUCAUCACAAAGGAGAUUUCCAUGAGCCAGGCGAAACGUGGCACUGUGAAGGAUUCUGAUAAGGCGACCAUGGCAGGCUUUGAGGCCCUGGUGGCCUUCUGUGAGCAAGAUGGGUGUCGACACGCUGCAAUCGCUCAGUAUUUUGGGGAUGAGAAGCCGCGCUGCAACAAGUCCUGUGAUUUCUGCAAGAAUCCUGCGGCAGUCAGGAACCAGCUAGAGUCAUCUCGGUGCCUGGGGUCAGGUGGGAGGACCCGCAUCGGGCCGGCUGCCACCUCGACCGGGCCCUUUGGCUAUGACCGGGAGCUGUACGCUGGGGGCCGCCGCGGCUAUGGCUUUGAAAGGUAUGAUGGGUCUGAGGGGGAUUAUGAAGAGGACCCAGAACAACGGAAGCAGGAAUGGAACAGUUUUUUCCAGAAGCAGAUGAGUAUACUGAAGGAUAAGGAGACACCAAAGGAAGACUUUGUCCCCCCUGACCUGUGGUCCCCCCUAAGAGACGCUGCAAGCCAGAAGAUCCCCCGGCUCUCCGUGAAGGCUCGGGAGCAUUGUCUACGCAUGCUGGAGGAAGCCCUCAGCAGCCAGCAGGGGGCAGUCUCCACAGGGAGCAGCCCUGAUCCCCAUUCCUGUGCUGUAGAGAUGGAGUACGAGGCCUUCAAAGGGUGCAAGUCAUCCAACCUGUACAAGGCAGCUGUACUUAGGAAGGUGUCAGAGAUAAAGAAGGGGAAGGCAGAUGGGGAUGUGCCCCCAGCCUCCAGCACUGGGCCCAGCAGUGCAGAGAAGCCUGGAGCCUCCACUGAAGGCUUUGUGUCUGCCACUCAGAUCUACUCGUUGAAGUCAAAGCGGGUGGGCGCUGGGUUCAGAGGCUCGACUAACACAUUCCAGACAGCUGCGGAGCUUCUCCAUGCCUCUAGGAGCCCCGAGGAGGCUGGCAGCUCAAGGACAGAGACUGCGGAGGAACACCGUUUCACAGGAGGGUCAAAUGGGGCAGGGGGAGAUGAAAACCUCACCACAGACAAGGAGAGGAGCCAGCAGCUGCCCAGUGCCUCCAAGAAGAACUUACUGUGGGACAGCCCCGCCAAAAACAUCAAACUCUCCAAGAAACUGCUGCAGCUGGCCGAGUCGGCCAUAAAGGACUCCCAGAACAUCUCCAAGUUCUUCACCAAGAAGGAGGAGAGUGUUGGGGACUCGACCGAUCUGCCUCAGGCUCUGGCUCUGCCUCUAAAGACCCACAAGAGCUAUACAGAGGAAUCAAGAACUUCAGAACUGCAGGAUAGGGUCUCAUGUUUAGAAACAACCCCAUGUGAGGAUGGUGCCUUGGAAACAAACCAGAAUCAAGAAUUCCCCUCCGUAGAAGAAACACAAUCGUUAAUUAAUGCUGUUGAUGGUGUCAAUUGUCAGAAAACCACAGCAAAAGAGAGGACAAGCAUUCUGCCUGAGGAGGAGUCAGAAGAUGAUAGAAACCCUGUCUCUAAUACUGGGAAGAGACCUCUCACAGAAGAGGAACCCCAGAGCACUCGAGCCCCACCCCCCAAGCGGCAGCGUCCUGGCAUUGCGCCCCCCAUACUAUGCCAACCUGAGGGCAAGGGUGCCCUGGUGAAGAAGAAGGUCAGUUUUCACCCCACCCUGGCGGCGGAGGAGCUGGAAGAAGGGGAUCCCCGAGUGGUACAGCCGCCUGCAGGGAAGGCAGCAGUGUCGCUGAAGGAGGCAGCUGACAUUGUUGUCAAGUACCUGACACCAUUCUACAAGAAUGGCAGGUUUGCCUCCAAGGAGCUGUUUAAAGCUUUUGCAAAAUUCUUGUCUCACCGGCUGACUGAUGGAAAGACACCCCAUAGAAAAAUGUGAAGGGAGGAGCCCAUCGGCUGAUCAAAAGCUUCUUCAAGGAUCGUCCGCAGUGUGAGAACGAGGAGGACUGGAGACACCUGCAGAGCGAUGAGGCGCCGGAGGCCCUGGGCACCACACCAACACUGCUCCCUCAUAACAUGGAGGACAUGGGCUAAACUUCUCCUAGGUGCCUUAGGCUCAAAACUGAGAAGCACUUGAAAAAUCUCUGGGGUUGUAUAUCAAGAACUCUCAGUGCAUGUUCUUCCUUAGAUGCUGCUGAAUCAAAAAAUAGGCUUAAUCUCUUACAGCCCUGCGCAAUUGCGCAUGUCAAAAAACAUAUUUGCAGGCCGCUUUGUGAGCUCCAGGGGUUACCAACCCUGUCUGAAAUCUAUCUGGCAACAUAGGAUAUGAGUAGGGACAGCGUACAGGACAGUCCAUUUACACUCAGAACAGGGAAAUGUUUUAAUUUGAAAUGUUUUCAUUAUUUGUUCAUUUGUUUUAAUCCAACACAUAUAUGCUUCCUGCAAAAGGUUAUAGGUACUGUAAAGGAAACCAACUUUAGAAUUAUAAGUCGAAACUAUUUUCAUGUUUUAAAUGUAUUUUCCUUUUUUCUGCUUCAUCCUACAAACCAUGUUGGAAACAGAGUAUUAUCUGCUCUCUGUUUCUGUUUUCUUUUAAAGACCUACCUCUAGCUGUGAAAAUUGGUAUAGAAUUACAGAAGCAAGUGCACAGAGGUUUUCUAGUGUCCUCUAUGAACCCUGGGGAAUGGUAUUGGAGAAGUUACUUAAUCUGUUAGUUGCAAGUUACUUGAACAGCAUUGGAACUAGCUACAGUAAUUUAUCAGCUAUGGUUGUGAGACUCCCAAAAUCACACUGAUGACAGGGAUAGGAUCCCUCAGUGCAAUCUGCAUGCUCUGCACAAUCCCAUUUUACUGACUAUAAAUGUGAUAAUAAGCCAUGAAAAGAAGGGAAAUCUUUGACACAGAUAUGUCCUGGAUAUUUCAAUUUAACUCUCUUAAUACAGUGUUAUAUGGUACCAGAAAUAUCCUUUAGUUCUUUUACUUGGUAUACAUGCAAAAGGGUUGAUGGUUGUUUUGUUACCAAAGAACUGUAGAUUCCUUUUCAAAUUUUUCAAAACAAGGCUUUAAACACAGUUUAUUUUCUCUUAUCUGUUUAAAUGAAAAAAAAUAAACAGCAUUAUUUUUUCAUUACUUUAGGAUAUGGAGAUUUGUAAAAUAAAAUGGUAUCGAUUUAAAAAAAAAAAAAUCAUUAACUCCUGCUUCCUGGUUGCCUAUAGGUCACAUGGUCUGGUUGCAACUAGAGUUCCUCCCACAGAAGCACACUGAAGGGACUAACUGUGUAAUUAAACUAUACAGGCUGUAUUUCCAAAGCGUUUACUGCAGUCUGUAAUUAAUCCAAUGUAAUCCUAUUUUUUGGAUGAGAAAAAAGCUGCUGAUUUUACAAACUAAGUCAAACAACUGAAGCACUGUACUACUAUUCAUGCAUUGCCUUUUAUACACUCUGAAGCUGGAAUUUUAUAAUUUCAAAUAAUUAUACAGUCAUUAACACUGGAAUCGCUUUCACAAUAUGGCCCUACAUCUCCAAGACUAGCACUAACAAUAUUACCUUUUUUGUUAUUAUUAUUAUUAUUUAUUUAUUUUUUUUACAUUUCGCAAAUGGUGAAAAGGUACCGGUUAACAAAAUAGAUUUUAAAACCUUAUUCAUCCCUUUCACUUCUGAAGAUAUGUACCAGUACUUGAACUAACAUUUAGUUUUUGAGUAGCUGUCAUUCUCAAAUUAACAGUUCAUGCAUCUAUGUGCGAUGGUACAUUCUGGUCUCAGUAAUGGAAAUGGUUUGUAAAGCAUUGUUGGUGCUGGCUGUGUAGGGAAACAGCACCACCUAUCACCACCCCUUCCUCAAGGACAAGCUAUUGCAACUGACAAAACUGAUGCAUGUUAUUGUCCGUGCGCAUCCACUCUCUAGUAGGUCUCAAAUGGGCAGGUUUGAAAGAAACACUUUUUUUUUUUUUUUUUAGCAAACUUGUUUGUUCAUUUUAAAACAUAAAAUCUGGCAAUACUCUAUCUUAAAUAAAUCUGUUUGUAAGCUGUGCUUUUAGACUGUCUUUCAGUUCCUGGUUAAUUUCACCUGGAGGGUGUCCCCACUCCUUCAUGAGCUUCUGUCCUGUCAAUAACCAAUCAGCUGCUUCCCCCUAGUGACUGAGCAGUAACAUGCUUUGACCCCGAUGACACUCCUGGGGUGAAAUUAACAAGGAAGUAAAGCAGAAACAGACUUCCUGGAAGGCAAGGCAAACAAACUUGGACUUUUCUUUACGCUAGUGGAGUACUGGUUUUGAAAUGGAAAUACUUAUUUGCUAUGUGUGUUUCUUUAAAAGCUGCCAUUUGAGACCUAUGUAGCUCAUGGAAAUGCAAACUGUGUAAGAAUGAUGGGAUUAUUUAGUUUGCUACUGUUACUUUAAUUGUAGUAUAUGCAGUCCUAUCUGAACACAAAACAUUGCCUCUUUCUUUAUCUCUUACUACAGGGGAUUAAAGACCAGAGAUGGGGAGCACACACAGUUUUGAUCCAGUAAAUAUAAUAUUGUUUUUCUAGUUUUUUGGGGCUGGGGCUUUGUGUGUUAAAAGGAGAUUUGACUGAAAACUCACGCAAUCAAAGCAAUUGUACCUCAGACUGCAUGAACAAACUGGAAAUAAAGUUGCUGUGAUCUGUCCUGAUUUGGUGUAUUAAUAAUGCAGUGUCUUUUAAUAGGCAUGUAGCAGGUUUGUUGUCACCAGAGGGCGCUGUUUAUCAUAUCACUGUACUUACUGAAAUCUCAGUCCAUGUCAACAUUGGCUUGCAAAUGAUAAAGGGUCUGUAAGAUCUGGAAGUUGUUUUACCUUUACUGUAACUACGGUAGGGUAUUUGCAGAAAUUAACAUGUCUAUUUGCACAUUCAACUACUGUAAUAUUUUUCCCAUCACUAGUUUACUUGUCAACUUAAAUGGUUGAAACCAGUGGAAGCACAUCACACAGACAAAUGUAAAUUUCAAAGUAUUUAUUAGGAUUUAUUUUUAAGCUGAGCAAGAAAGCAAAAAACAUGAACUGUAUGUUAUAAAUUGGUGUAUAUGUCAAAUCAAGGUUACGCAACACUAUUCAAAUUUAAAAACAUACUUUUCAAAAUAUGCUAUACUUCAAGUGGAUGUUUCUGCCUAGAACUUGCAGUUGUGAUUCCAAAUUUUGAUUUGUCAUCCACUUACUCUACCCUGUUAAAAUAAAUAAAUGAUUGUUUAAAUAACAUUACGAAUUGUAAAAAUAAUGUAAUAUGUAAUCAGUGCUCAAUUGUACAGCACUUGCACACGAAACCUCAACAUUCUUUACAAAUAAAAGGCAAGGUACAUUAGUUCAGUGCUUAUUUGAAGAAAAAGAAGAACAGACAGAUAUUUUCACCUGCCUGAUAAAUGCACUGUGUAUUUCAAAAUCUGCAUAUGCCACAUAUUCACGAAAUGUGGUUUAACAUACAACCUUGUCAAUUUGAGAACAGUUAAGCUAACAGAAUUUAUUAGGCAAGAGUUCAAACUACAACUUCUUGUCUAUGCAUAAAAAAAUUGAACUAGGUGGCUUAUAGUUUUUCUAUAGUUUUCUGAUUGAAGUUUAAAGUGUUGGUGUGGCAGGGCAGAGCCCUGCACAUGUAAAUCAUUUAUUGUUUGUUAGUUUUGUAAAUAUUGGGGCUCGUUCUGUGGGGUUUUUGUUCUUGUGUGUGUGGUGGUGGUUGGCAGUGAUAGGGUUAAUUCCUAUCCCUACCACAUACGUGUGAGAAUGUGGCCAGGUGUUGAUUGAAUGAUUACUUGUCAAUCAACCCUGGCCACGUGGUAUAUAAGGGAGCUACACAGCUCCAUUGGGAGGAACUGCCUGGGAGAGGGGAGACCACGUGGAAGGUCUGUUUGUUGACUUUGUUUCUCUUCUUUGCUUUCAAUGAAGGCAUUGCUCAGCCUGACUAUGUUUAAUUUGUAUUUUUGUGUAUACCUUUUGUUUGACCCCAUGCCUAUUUGUUUUGUGUUUUUGUUUUAUUUUUGUUUAAUAAACAUGCGCCCCAGCGCUUGAACCCUGCA